UGAUGAUGCUGCCGGUGGAAAAUGGCUGCUGCAUCCUCGAGCCCAUCCAAAACCAUAUGAAGGUGGACAGAGAAAGACGAGAAUAUGAGAGCAGCGAGCACAAGGACUGAGUGAAAGAGAGACCGUGGUCGUGCGUAUGUGAGCGAGAGUGUGAGAACGCGCGCGCGUUUGUGCGUGCGUGUGUGUGUGUGUGUGUGUGUGUGUAUGAUUGUGAGAACGCGCCCGCGCGCGCGAGUGUGUGUGUGUGUUCGGUAAGAAGGGGAAUAAAAAAGACGAGAGACCGGGGGGCAGCCAGCUCGAAGCGGCGGGCAACACCAAGCCAUGGAGGGCGAUGUGCGUGUCCGAGCCGUGGUGAUGACACGUGAUGAUUCUAGCGGUGGCUGGGUACCCCUUGGAGGCGGUGGCCUCAGUCACGUGGUCAUAUGUAAGGGGCGGAGCUCUGAAGGUUGUGGACGGAGACAGUACGUCAUACGUGGAGAACGGCUACGCGAUCGAGCACCUGUGCUUGAAUGCGCCAUUCAAAAGGGUCUGGUCUACAACAAGGUGAACCCCAUCUUCCAUCAUUGGCGUGUGGAGGAGAGGAAGUUUGGUCUGACCUUCCAGAGCCCAGCUGAUGCCAUCUCCUUCGAGAGGGGGCUUCAAAAUGUCCUUGAGAAGCUGGACAGAGGAUCUGACUCGCCAUCCUCCUCGACACCAGAAGAGGGCGACACUGAGGAUGACGGUCAAGCAUCUCAUACAGGGAGUGAGUCGUCAUCCAACAGCAGAAAAGAGAUGCUGCCCAAACCCAUUACCAUUGUGACCAGUGAGUCCUCCUCCACCUGUUUUGUGCACUCCACGGAGGAGUUUGCAUAUGGGGCAGGGCACGCUGUCACGACGCAGACCCCGGCCCAGAUCCACACCCGACCUGCCCAGCACCAGCUCACCCAAGUCUCCGCUGUUUUGAAUCCUCCGGCACCCCCUCCGCCUCCUCCGGCUCCCCCGACCCCCCCCAUAGUGCCCCCUGCCUCCCCACUCUCUCCGCUCUCGCCCACCAUCUCCCUGCUGGAGGAAGGGGACCUCCGCAGCCUCGACCCCUGCAAGGACCUGUGGGGUACACGCGGCUACGAGGACUACCGCCGCGCCGGUGCUACACGGACCAAGGUGGGCGGGCUGACGGGGGGCGUGGUGGUGAGCAGCAGUCAGGACAAAUCAGAGCUCUGUGUGGUGCGCUUUGAGAAGGAACUGGCCGGUGUGGGCACCACAGGCUGCGAGGUCACCGUCAUGCUGGACACGAAAGGCUCUCAGCUCAACUCUUCGCCCACCUGCAUACCCAACGCCGUGCCGGGAGUACCGUCGGCCAGUGGCUCCCCGGAGGAGACAGGUAAAGGCUCGCCCUCACCUUGCUGCAUCCACACCUCGCUCGCCACGCCCCGCUCUCGGACUCGCAAGCGAGGGGGUAGUGGAGGGGAAGCCAUCUCGCCCGACGACGACAGCUCUUGUCCACAGGGCUCCUCCUCCUGCUCAUCACGCUGUGUGUACUGCCGCUCCGUCUUCAGCGCCUCCGAGAACGGACGAGGCCGCUGCCGGGACGCUCCCGAUCCGGCGCUACACUGCCUGCGCCAGUGGACGUGUGUGUGGUGCGCAGAGAGCCUGCUCUACCACUGCAUGUCGGACUCUGAGGGCGAGUUCUGGGAGCCGUGCUCGUGUGAGGACUCGAUGGGCAGGCGGCCGCACCCGUUGUGCUGCGCCCGCUGGAUGGCACUGUUGACGCUGUCUCUUUUCGUGCCCUGCAUGUGCUGCUACCUGCCCCUGCGCGCAUGUCUGCGAUGUGGGGAGAGAUGUGGCUGCUGCGGAGGAAAGCACAAGGCCGUGCGAUGAGGCCUGACCGGGGGGAGGGCGUGUGGGCAGGGGUGACGGGACAGGAGCACAAAGACGUUGUAGUCAUUCGAGGAGCAGUCGUAGAGCCAGAUCUCCUACAUAAACCUUGACGAUAACAUCCCCUCACCCUCCUCGAGGCCGUCUGCUGCAUUCCGCUCUUCUCUGCUCGGACCCUUCACACCGGUGGAGGGUGCAUGGGUUCGGGAAGAUCGCUUUCUGAUUUGCUGGUCGUUGGGGUCAGGGGUCGUCUCCGGGAGGUGGGGAGUGAAUGGGGAUCAGUGACGUGUAAACAAUUGUUCGUUUUUUUUCUCUUUGGUUUUAUUUAUUACAUUUAAUUUAGGGAGAAAAAUUAUCUGAAAAAUGUUUAUAGCUAUGGUUAUUGAGUAUAUUAUUUUACUUGAACUAUUGAAAGAUUUUAUUUUUUGUUUUUGCAAUUGAUUUAAUGAAUACACUCCCCUUGUACCUCUAAGUUACUGAGAUUUACCUCAAUGUCCAGAGGAGAGGAAGGCAGAUAUUUUGAGGAUGGAGUAUAGUGGUGAGGUUUUGUAUAUGGUCUUUACAGUAGGUUUUUCACACACGUUCGGCCAGAACAUAUUUGUGAAGGAGAACAUUUUGAUGUCGUAUCACUUUUAGUUGUUUGAGAACAGGGAACGUGAACGGUCUGAUCGAGGGCAGUUUCACCAAAAUCACCACUUUCACCACAUGCAUGUCAUUUUUCUGUCAAGAUUAUAGUUGUAUUAGACUUGCCAGCAACCAAGAAUGUUAUCUAUAUUUGAAGUAUAGACCAAAAAAGUGGAGAGAUAAUCUAGACAUGAAUCUGCCGAACAUUUGCAAAGCAAAUGGGAAACUAGGCCUUGAAAUGUAGUCGAACACACCACCAAAAAUACAGUGUUAAGGAUAAAAAGCAAAGGCUUGUUGUGUGUGACACAACAUUUGAACUUUAUCUGUCAGUAUAGCAACAAGACAAAGUACUCAGUCUUUAACUAUAAUGAGUCACAAUGCUCCUCACAUGUGCUUUUGGGCGGUCGCACCAUGUCCUAAACAGAGCAACGAAGUGACAGGAUAUUUUGUCUGUUGUUAGCCCCGCCCACAGUGAAAUACCAUUGGUCCAAAAACAUCAGCUAUGACUGUAUAAGAGUAUAUUUUGUUUUCACUGUAGACAGACAAA